AUGCGCACCUCGUCAGUUCUUCUUCGGCCGGCCGCAACCGGAUCACCCGUAGCCGACGGAUUAGUCCUUGAAGGGUCUCAGAUCGAAUUUGCGCCGCUAACCCCAACCAACUUUCCCAUUCCUUCCCCAAGAUCCAUCGAAAUCUACCUCUUCUUCCGUGAACGUCGUAGCAAGUGGACCAAGGCUACCCUCACCACGAGCCGAGGCCUCGAGUACGGACUCGGCAGUCCUGUUCAGCUCGUUUACAGUCAACCUGCCGGCUCGCGUGAGCGUCGUCCGGAGUGCAUCAAGUCGGAAAGGGCGGUUCACCUCCUUGUGCACAGCAAACUCACUAGGGUUGAUCAUGUGA